AGUACAGCAGCAGUAGAGACCUUGAGAGAAAGUGGCAGCAUCUCUACGGCUUAAAAGAGAAGAAAAAAGGAAAGAGUGAUGACUAUGUGAUCUUCUGGAACGUUCAGCAUCCUGAGGUGUCUUUUACGAGCUGUUUAUUUCCAGAUUUGUCAGUUUCCUUUUCCUGCCUGUUUUCUUCACCUUUCUGGAUCUUUCUGCUUUAAGUCACUUCUUGUCCUGCUUUCUAAUUUCCCUGGAUGCCAUCUUCCGCCUUCUUGACAUCUUUGAGUGCACUGGGAGGAGAUGAGCAGCCUGGGUGCUAGUAGUUAGCAUUAGCGUGAGUAAGCGUACCGGACAGGAGCUCACACACACACACACACUGGGAGAGAGAGAGAGAGAAAGUGAGAGAGAGGGGACCAACGAUUAGAGCCAGGACGAGUGCGGUGCAGAGGGAGGGAGGAUGCUGUUGCCCCCCAGGCUGAGGAAAGGGGGCGGCAGGUCAGUCAUCACCUCCCUCACCACCAUCACCGAGGAGGACGAGGAGCAACGUAGCUGGCGCAAAAAACGCAGGAGAGGAGGCUCUGACUCCCAUCACAGAGGCGAUGAGAAGAAUCCUUUAAGUCGGCCAGAUUCUACGACCUCUGGACACAACACGUACAACAUUUCCAGCUCUGCCGAUGUACAGAAUACAAGCAGACCAGAGCAUCUGGUAUUCAAACUUGAUGAGAGGCAGAGACUGGCUCGAGAGAGGAGGGAGGAGAGAGAGAAACAGAACGCUGUGCGAGAGGCUCAGUUAUUAGAGCGUGAGGAGCGGGCAAGGCUGUACUAUGAGAAGCAGCAGGAGGACAGAAGGAGGCGUCUGGAGGAGCAAAGGCUUAAGGAGGAGAGGAAGCAUGCCGCUGUGGAGGAGAAACGACGGCAGAAACUGGAGGAGGAGAAGGCUCGGUAUGAGGCCGUGGUGAGAAGGACUCUGGAGAAGAGUCGGCGAGUCAAACCGAAGCCGAACCGCUGGAGCUGGGGAGGAACCCUAACCUCCAGCACCUCGCACAACAGUGGAUUUGGUGACUCUGCUCUCCUCUUCACACUGGAUUUGGCUGGACUGGAGUGCGAUGAUGUUUUCAGUUUGGCACGCCAGCAGCGCCCGCACACACAAUAUGCUGACCGAAGGUCAGUUUCCACCAUGAAUCUGUCCAAGCACAUAGACCCAGUUAUAAGCAAACGUCUGUCUUCCUCAUCUGCCACACUAUUAAACACGCCAGACCGAGGCUUACAGAAGCAGACGUCCCUCUCCUCCUCUUGCUUAGUAAAUAGAUUUUCAUCCAAAGCUCGACCAUCCAAAGAGAAGAUCUACCAGGAUAGACCUGCAGGUAUGCACCGUAUGCCUCUAACCCCAUGGGAGAACAAUGUAGUCAGUCGCUUACAGACACCAACACACUCGUACCUGGCCAGAAGUCGUAGUGCUGUGUCUCUGUCUGGAGAUGCAGUGACCCCCGUUUGUCCUCGCUCAGCCUCCUGUCACCACACAAGCUCACUGCCCCUCAAGACCCUACAGUCACGCAGCGCCGAGCGACCGAUCCGAGCCGGGCCCAGCUUCGAGCGAGCGGUCAGAGCGAGGCCUGACGGCAACAUGUGCAGGAAGGCAGCUAAUAAUGUGCUGAUUGAUAGAAAGGAUAAAGACUAUGUGCGUAAAUCCUGGAGUAACCUGUCCUGUCCCACUCCAAAUUUGAGCAUCGCCACCACUAAGAGAGCUCCCUCUCCUGGCAGUCAGCGUGUUAAAUGCAGCCAGCCGUCACCCACCAGGAUCUCCCCUAAACCACCUCAGAAGUCUCCCAUGUCCAAAAGGUCAAGGUCUCCUCCUCCAUCUUCUAUUCACUUAUCUCCUAGCAACCCCUCCCUGUUGCCUGGUAACCUGCGACCGAGCCGGGUGACCUCCGAGAGCCCGAGCGUGAGUCUGGAGGACGAGAAACCAUCGCAGUUAAAUGAAGUGGUCAAAAGAGAAGAAACUGAGGGCAGCAGAGAAGAGGACGAGGAGGCGGGACAAAAGAAGAAGGAGCAAAGCGAAAGUCCUGCGAAAGCAGCAGCUGAAAUCACUUGGAAAGUGGAAACCAAUGGUGUAGAAAGAGUGUUGAGUCCUCCAGGGGCCAGACCCAGUGCUGGAACCACCGACCCAGAGGAGGCAUCUCGACUGAUGGCGGAGAAACGACGUCAGGCCCGAGAGCAGAGGGAGAGAGAGGAGGAAGAGAGAAGACAACAGGAGGAGGUUGAGAGGCGACACCGAGAGGAGAUGGCACAGAAGAUAGCUGAGGAGAGAGCGAAAAGAGAAGAGGAGGCCCAGCGUCUGGCCGAAGAGAAAAAACGCAAGGAGGAAGAAGAGAGGAGAUUAGAAGAGGAACGAAUGCAGAGAGAGAAAGAAGAAUCGGAACGCCUGCAGAGACAGAAAGAAGAAGAGGAGGCUCGUCAGCGUGAAGAGGCAGAGCGCUUGCGUCAGGAGAGGGAGAAACACUUCCAGAAAGAGGAAGCAGAGAGACUUGAGAGGAAAAAGCGCCUCGAGGAGAUCAUGAAGCGAACACGCCGCUCAGAUCAGAAAAGCCCUGGUCAAAGUCAGAGGAAUGGAGAUGUGAGUCAGCAGAAUACCCAGGACACGGUGAAUGUGGUCUCUGGAAUCCCGUCCAUCACUGUAUCGGCUCCACCAAUCCCUCACAACCCACAGCACAAUGACAGCAACGGACACACUAAACCUGAUUUCAACUUGAACACACUCCCCCCUGCUGGACACGAAUUAAGCACCGAAGCCCAGCUUCAGGAAAACGGUGUCACGGUGGAGUCUCCGACAUUUGAGGAGGUGAUCGAGGUGCCCAUGGUGAGCAAGCUGUCCCGGCAGGAGGGCGAUGGUGAGGAAGAAGAUGAGAGGAGGAAGACACCACUGCUGGCUUUCCGAGAGAACGGAAGCAUACAUGACCUAAGCACAUGGGAUCAAAGCCAAGUCCAGCAGCACACAAGUGACAUCUGAAACCCUCAGAGAUCAUAAUAGGAAACAAAGUGUGACUGAUUUCCUGCUUAGAUUCUUCUAUAUUUUACGUUUUCUCCAACACAGACCCCGGGUUAUGUGAGGAGGAAAGUAUCUAUACAACAAUAAGUAAUGGACCGCUCUCUAAACAGUCAUCCUUCCGCUUUCUGUAAUGCAGCUCCUACCUUCUACCCCCAUAAACACUAAUGUGGUAUGUUCCAGGAACACAGUUGAUGAACGUGCUGGUGGCGUGUUUGUGGGAAACGUGCGGAUGUAAAUCAGCUGUAAAGUCUGAUCUAAUACUUAAAGAUCUUUUUUUUUUUUUGGUUUAUUUGUUUCUGUCGAGGUAGAACUGAGUAAAGUGCUGAACCUAAUGAGGGCAUCAGAUUUUUUUUUUUUUUGCUCUGAGGAGUGCAUUAUGAUUUUUUUACACGAAUGAAGAGAAAGUGUGAAGUAUUUUCCUACUGCUUUAUACAGCUUUAAUAUGCACUUGCUUAAUUUUGACAGUGUUGCUCUGGAGAUGAGUCAUCAGUAUAGUGAUGCACCGAAAUAAUCGUUUUUUUUAAAUAAUAGUUUAAUUAUCUAUUCAAACGAUUUGUAUAAUGUUUUGUGUGUUGUCAGUAAUAUCCUAUUAAAAGCACAAAUAUUAUUAUUAUAAUUAUUUAUUUAUUUUAUUAUUAUAUAUCAUUUCAAGAAUUUAUUUCGGUGCAUCACUACUCUAUUGAAGUCUCAAUCCAAACAUCUUACCAACGAAACACUGUCUAAUCGACUGUCUGACGCAGCAGGUUUCCGAGUUUCGGAUAUUAGCUAGACGGGUCGUGUUGAAAAACAAGACAGGGUUUCUCUGCCGAAUGCAGACACGAUGGGUACAGUAAUAUUUAGUAAAAUGAUAAGUGAGAUUUAAAAUGCUGCAACGUGGACCUUCCCUAUGCCUUAUCGGAUCAAGAGGUGUGUUUGGGUUUUUAAGGGCUGAUUAUCCCCCUCCCCUCCAUGUCAUACAUCAUGAUCGAUAGAGCUAGAUCAUCUUUAAAGUUUCAAUCACGUUUAAAAAAUGUGUGACUCAAGCAUUUCGAUUGACUGCAAGGUAAACUGGUGUCCAUUAAAACACUGUAAAUGUAGAUUGUGUACAGUAAAUAAAGGACUAUAUUGUACAAAGACUGAAUACACCCCAAAAAAUAGAACACAAUGGCUACAUGAUCUCAGACUGUAACCUGGCAUCUGUACCAGCUAGAACAGAGAGCUAAACGUUUCCCAGCCACAUGAAUAACACUUAGAAACUCACCAAACUAAAACUACGCUCUGCACAUUCAUAAUCUUCAGUCAUUUUCUGGCUUUUUUUUUUCUUUCAUCUCUUUACAAAAUCCUCAUUCUUAUUUCCCUUUCAAGCAGUCACAUCUGUAUAGCAUGUAAAAAAAAUAUAUAUAUAUUAAAAUCAAUAAAUCAUUUUUUUGAAAGACA